AUGAGAGACUGGGGUGCGUAUUACGCUGGUCAGGGACAUGGUUUGAUAAGAUUCUGGCUAGGAACAAGACCAAUGAUUGGAUGCCUCACACCGGAGACUGCAAAAGUAAUGGGACCUUUACGGAAUAUGGAUGAUCCACAAAAAGGAAACCUGUUGCAGAUGAUUCUAGAGCGUACGGAUGUGAUUACAAAAGGUGAAGAAUAUCAAAUACUCAUGCCAUGGCUCGGCACUGGUUUACUGAUUUCUACAGGUGAAAAAUGGCGCUUACGGCGAAAAAUUCUAACUCCGUCCUUCCACUUCAAAGUUCUCAACGAUUUUAUCUCAAUUUAUGACAGCCAGGCGAAG